AUGAGCGCGAGUCCGAAACCGAGCCCCAAUAAGGGGCCUCUAGACAACGUCCGAUUCGUCAAGUCGCCCAAAAAGAAAAAGUUCCCCGGUUUUCGCAAAAAUAUCUACGAUUAUUUCACCGAGUUUUCGAGCAAUACGGGAAUCCAUGGGUUCAAAUACAUGGGAGAGCAGGAACGAUGUUUCAUCGAAAAGCUGUAUUGGUUGGUUUUGUUCGCAAUUUCGCUCUACAUUUGCGUGAGUUUGAUAAUUCAAACGUGGAUCAAGUGGGACCAAUCGCCCGUUUUGGUGAGUUUUGCCCAAAGCCCGACCCCUGUGUGGCAAGUGCCCUUUCCCGCCAUCACCAUAUGUUCGGAGACCAAGGCCAGACAAAGGGUCUACAAUUUUACUUAUUACUACCACCAAGUUAUCGACCAAUUGACCACGGGGGAGGGCAAUCUGACCCAGGAAGAAUUGAACAGGUUCGCCGAAAGUUCGCUCAUCUGUGAUAACCAUCUCUACCAACAGGGGAACAAAACUACCAGUUUUGAAACCAUCGAAUAUUUAAUGAGUAUUGCACCCCCGUUUGAGGAAGUCUUCUUCGGUUGUAAAUGGACGAGUUUGAAUGAGACUUGCAGUAAUUUUUUUUCUCCAAUGCUGACGGAAGAUGGGAUGUGCUUCACUUUUAAUAUGCUGGAUAGGAGCGAGCUGUUCACAAAUGCUGUCUACCUCCACGGCGAUUACAUGGGCCACGACAAGCGCUCCGAAGGCUGGAGUCUGGAAAACGGCUAUCCGAAAACCACCGGAAAAGACACUUUUCCGCGUCGUGCCAUGUCCGCCGGGUCGAAAGCCGGUCUUUUCCUCCUCCUUCGAGCCUACGAACAGGACUUAGACUACGUGUGUCGUGGACCCGUCCAAGGCUUCAAAGUCCUCCUCCACCACCCUGCAGAAGUCCCCCGAGUGGGCACCCAGUACUUCCGCGCCCCUCUCAACCAGGAAAUCGUGGUGGCCGUCAAACCCGACAUGAUGACAACAUCACAAGGAUUAAGAAAUUACGAUCCUCAUCGAAGACAAUGUUUCUUCGCUGAAGAACGCCAACUGCAAUUUUUCCAAAAUUAUACGCAACAGAAUUGUCAAGUGGAAUGUGUGGCGAAUUUCACUCUGGCGAAAUGUGGAUGUGUCGCUUUUCAUAUGCCACAUGCGGAAUCGACGAAAAUUUGCGGUUCGGGCAGCAAUAUGUGUAUUUUCGAAGCUGAACAGGAAUUACUAGCUCGGGAAGUCGAGUCCGGGCUUUCACGUUACGAUAACAACGAUGAUGAUAAUUUACCAACAAACUGUGAUUGUUUACCGGCUUGCACCUCAAUUACUUAUAAUGCCGAAACGUCGCAAGCUGAUUUUAAUUGGCCCAAAGUUUUUCAGGCUUUCAAGGCGAAUUUCAGCGAAUAUCCAGGAGUACAAAUGACCCGAUUAACAAUUUUCUUCAAAGACAUGCAAUUUAUAACGUCUGAAAGAAACGAGCUUUAUGGACAAACCGACUUUUUGGCUAAUUGUGGAGGACUUUUGGGAUUGUUUACCGGAUUUUCCUUCUUAUCAAUAGUGGAAAUUUUCUAUUUCUUAUCACUGAGGUUGAUCUGUAACGUCAAGAAGUACGGAAUACACUUUUGGUCAGGGUCGAAGGACUUGUUAAAUGAUGAUGCAUAUCUUCACAAGCAACCGAAAGAAGAUUUGAGUUAAAAAAGUUAAACUUAAUUGCGUUCUAAGCAAAAUCACUUAAUAUUUUACUAAAGCACUAUAAUUAUCUCGAAACAAAUGUGAAUUUAAUUAACAAGUGUCUAAUUUUUGAUGUUUUUUGAUUCUCUAAUAAUGAAAUAAAUUCUGUUUAAAUUGG